AUGCCAUUUGUGGAUUUAGCACUUCAUAAAUCAUAUUCCUUUAAAAACCAUUUGUCGUUAACUGAUGACGUGAAACUUUUUAUUAAAAAUAUUGGCGAACCGGACGGCUCCAAUUAUGAUGACCCAGAAGCUGCCUUCGAUGCUUUAAUGCAAGCAAUGGUUUGUAAAGACAACAUAGAUUGGCGAAACAAUGCAAGGCGUAUCAUUGUUUUAUGUACCGAUGGUGUAUAUCAUAGUGCAGGAGAUGGAAAAUUUGUUGGAGCUAUAAAGCCUAAUGAUAUGAAAUGUCAUCUCGAUAAUAACACCUAUUCCGAAGCACUAACGUAUGACUAUCCUUCAGUGAGUCAAAUCAACAAAAUUGCUACUGAAAACAAUAUCAAGAUAAUAUUCGCUGUGGACCCCAAAGUUCAAAGAUCUUAUGAAGCUUUAGAAAAGAAAAUUCUUGGAGCUAAAUAUGUUCCCUUAACCGGUAAUAUUGUCGAUAUGAUAAUAAACGAAUAUUUGGGGUUAGUAAGAUCAGUGGUAAUUGAUUCAAAUAUACCUCGUCCUAUCCAAUUAGCAAAGAUUGUACCUGAUUGUAGAAAGAGUGGUAUUUGUGAAAUCAAACACGAGCAAUCUUUAGAAAUGGAAGGCUUUUUAAAAAUAAACUCAUGUCCAUCCAAUGAGAAGAAAAUGAAAUAUUCGCUGGAAAUAGGUCCAGUAUCAUUGGAUGAAAAAUUGAAAAUAGAACUAGAAAUCGAUUGUCAUUGUGAUUGUGAGGCCAAGGGAGAUAUGAAUUCAACCUUGUGCAGCGGCGCAGGUAUAUUCCAAUGUGGAGUAUGUAAAUGUAAUGAUGAUAGAUACGGCAGUAUAUGUGAUUGUAAAGGAACGGACACAAAUACAAUUAAUUUUGAUAAAUGUAAAGCAAAUGUUGAUGAUGCAAACUACUGUAGUGGUCGUGGAAUAUGCAGGUGCGGUAAAUGUGAAGAGUGUAAAAAGGGAUUUUCUGGGGAUUUCUGCCAAUUUGACGACAAUGCUUGUCCUCGACCAGGAGGCCUUCUAUGCUCAGGUCAUGGUAGAUGUCAGUAUGGUACUUGUGCAUGUGAACCAAAAUGGAUUGGCGAUGACUGCCGAUGCCCAGAUGAUGAACAUAGUUGUAUGGCACCCAUUUCCAACGAAGUGUGUUCUGGAAGAGGACAGUGCAAGUGCGGAGAAUGUGUCUGUCAACGACAGAAUGGUACAACGGAAAUUUGCUCCGGAAAAUUUUGCGACGAUUGCGAAGAGUUGACGCAGAAGCGUUGUAAAGAGCUUGAGGACUAUGCCUUAUGUAAUUUCUAUAAUAACAAAACAAAGUGCGAUGAAGAAUACAAUCAAACGACAACGGGUGUCAUACUGGUUAAUAAGACAGAAAUGCACGCGCCUGGGCGCGAACAUAAGGCAAAAUGGUGUCACAAAGCUUUAAAAGAUGACAAAACACUAACCUUCCUAUACUAUUAUCCGAUAGCAUCUAUUAACACAUUGGAAGUUGUAAUUCAGAAUGAAUUAGAUGAACGAGCUAAAGCGAAUAUUUGGGUUGCUGUCGGAAGUGCAAUCGGUGGUGUAUUAUUAAUUGGUCUCCUCAUGGUGAUUGGUUGGAAGCUUCUCAUUGACGCUCAUGAUAAAAGGGAGUACAAUAAACUAAUAAAGGAAUCUGCUGCGGCCGGUUACGAUGUAUCAAACCCAUUGUACAGAACCCCGGCAGUAAAUUUUAGUAAUCCAGCUUACGAUCGAAGAAGUUGA